AUGUUCUUCAACGCGUUGGAUCUUACGACUGCCCUCCGCCCGUCUCUAUUGCCAGAUGAGACUCUUCUCUUUGUGCAGGAUCAGGUGGGACUGUAUGAAGGGAAAUACAAAAUUCCAAAUUACCAAUCUGGCCAUGCCUAUCUCACGUCGCAUCGCAUAUGCUAUGUCGACAGCGAUCAGCCUCGAAAAUACUCUGUUGCCCUUGAGUUGAAAUAUGUCGAUCGCGUUGAAUAUCAAGCAGGCUUCUUAAAGUCGUCGCCCAAGAUAACGAUAUAUCCAAAGCCGUCGAAAAGAGUACUCGGUCAAAAUAGCAACGGCCCUGGCAGUUCGAUUACCCCACAAGCAGCGAGGUCUGGUUCUCCAGGCAGUCCAUCGUCACCCUUUCGCCGGAGUGGCAGUCCAUUCAACUCUUCAGCCACUCUUUCUGUGAGAACACCGAACGCAACUUGGGUUUGUCCAAUAUGUUCAUUCUCAAAUCCAGUUCCAUCGAAUUUUAACCCUGCAACGGCGAACGCUUCAAUGACACUGCCUUCAUGUCUGGCUUGCGGUAUAAAACCUCCCUUCACUACGAUUUUGAAAGCAGCAAUAACAUCAGCAUCAGCAUCUAGUCGUGGAGGAACGAGCACUGUUUCUGUGCAUCCUUCGCCGCUAGGCAGCCAGUAUGAUCCUGUUAGAAUCGGAAGUAAUGGAGAUUAUCUACCCAGCUUCAACCGAUUCCAGAAUCCUCCUUCGUCAACGGAUUCGGGUAUAUCUUGCCCAAGAUGUACCUUUUCGAACCACCCUUCCCUCUUAUAUUGUGAAAUAUGCGGUGGACCUCUCCAAAGAGGUGAUCACACGACCAGCAGUCAAACCCCGGAUCGCUCGGACUCACCAGCGCCAUUAUUUGCAACCUCAAACUUAGAUAAUACCGAAGUAUAUGAAAAUGUCAAGCUAUCCUUCCGUGGAGGUGGCGGCGACUCCAAUUCACUGGGCCAGCGUCCAUCACACUCUGCGGUUGGUAUUGCCGGACUUGAACGCCGGGGAUUUGAAGCAAGGCAGAACAACCAAGUGGUUCUUGGCAGUGCGUUUGAAGAUCUCGAGGCACUGAUGGCAUCGGCCAAGGAAAUCGUUGCGCUUGCCGAAACCUUCGCCGCGGAAUCGGGAAUGAUGUCCAAUGGAAGUUCUGCUGAAGCCAGUAGGGUUCUUUCUCAAUCUGCAGCAGCGCUGGGCAUGACCACUACUAAGGAUAUGCUUGGAUCCGGCGGUGGUUCCGAGAACUUGUACCUAUCGGAGCUCUCUCGCAAUCUGGCAGAAUACCUCACUGAUGAUCGUAACGGUAUCCUUCACCGGGAGGGUGGGAUCAUGAGCCUAAUCGACCUUUGGGCUGUGUUCAAUCGUAGUCGCAACGGUGUCGAACUGGUAAGCCCGGCAGAUUUCCAAAAGGCGGCUGAGCUAUGGGAGAAACUGAAACUUCCCGUUCGUCUCCGCCGGUUCAAAAGCGGGCUGCUUGUCGUGCAACGUUUCGAUUGGACGGAUGAAAAGACCAUUAGACAGUUGAAAGAGUGGUUUGAAGAGUUGCGAUCCACACCACUGUCUGAUGAAGUUGUUUUUUGGGAUUGGCAUAUGUAUGGUAGGGGCGUUACGGCUCAAGAGGCAGCGGAGCGGUUCGGGUGGAGUGUCGGCGUCGCUGCGGAGGAACUGGAGAUGGCAGAGGAUAGGGGGGUUCUCUGUCGCGAGGAAGGGAUUGAAGGCUUGCGAUUUUGGAGGAAUUAUAUCGUCGAUCCAGAUACUUUCGAAGGGAUGGGUUUCGAAAUGGGCCUUUCUCUCCUCGCUGUUUGA